AUGGACAGUGACCAAGAGUCAUCCGAAUGUCCGUUAUGUUUGGAAGUACUCGAAGCUGAUGAUUUGAAUUUCUUUCCAUGUACAUGUUGUUAUCAAAUUUGCCGGUUUUGUUGGCAUCGUAUUCGAACAGAUGAAAAUGGAUUAUGUCCUGCCUGUCGAAAACCAUACAGUGAAAAUCCGGCACAAUUUAAACCAUUAACUGAAGAAGAAAUUCAACAAGUAAAACGUGAUAGAAAAUUAAAAGAAUCCCAUAAAAAACCAAAAAUCACUGAAAGUCGUAAACAUUUGGCAAAUCUUCGAGUCGUUCAACGUAAUCUUGUAUUUGUCAAUGGUCUUCCAUCACGUUUAGCUGAUACUGAAUUAUUAAGACGAAAUGAUUAUUUUGGUAAAUAUGGUAAAAUAGUUAAAUUAGUUACAUCACCAGCACACAAUGGACAAUUAAAUUCUAUAUGUGUAUAUAUAACAUAUUCACGUUCAGAAGAAGCAUUACGUGCUAUACAAGCACUUUGUAAUUAUCAUGUUGAUGGUCGCACAUUAAAAGCAACAUUAGGUACAACUAAAUAUUGUAGUCGAUAUUUAAAAGGUGCAUCAUGCCAAAAAGCUGAUUGUCUUUAUUUACAUGAACCAGGUGAUCCAUUGGCUAGUUUCACUAAAGAACAAAUGCAACAAGGUUUACAUCUUGAAUAUGAACGAAAACUUAUGGAACAGUUUACUAAUAGAAAUAUAUCUGGACAAUCAAAUACAACACCAAAAACUGGACGAACGAUGACAAAUGGUAAAAAAAAUGAUUCACCACAACGACGAAAAAAUCCUACACAACCAACGUCAUUAACACUAACAACAAAUUCAGCAAUAUCAACAAAUGGGAAUUCAGAUUUAGAAUCAGGUGAUGAAAUUCAUCAUUCAUUGAAUGGUUAUAAUAGUGAAACAUUUACACGUACAAAUACAAUAAAUGUUGAUUCUGAUACAACAUCAACAUCAUCUCAAACAUCAUCUGAACACGAUCCACAAGUAACAUCAUUAACAAUUCAAACUCAAACAUACAAUGCGUCUCCAAUAACAACUACAACAACAAAUUGGCCAGAUGAACGAACAUCUUUUCUUGCCACUAAUAAUCUCGCAUCAUCUCAACAAACAACAACAUCAACAACUAAAUCUUUAUCUCAAACAUCACCAUCUAUAAAUGUACCUGUUACAACUUUAUUAUCUUCGCCCAAUAAUACUAAUAAUAAUUUAUUAACAGAAUCAACUAAUAAUAAUACAGUGAAAAAUUUUGAUCAAUUACCUGAAUAUAAACUAUUUAGUUCAAAUAUACCAUCUAUACAUAAUCUUCUUUUUGGUAAUAAUGAAAAUUGUCAACAAUCUCAAAGACCAUUAAUCAAUGGAAUUGAUCAUGAUGUGAGAGAAAUUGAAAAAAGAUUAAUGGAAAAUGGUCUUAAUAAUGGUGAUAUGCCCUAUUCUCAAACGCAAGAAAAUGAUGAACUUGGUUUUGAUCCAUGUAGUUUAUUUAUGUCUGCACUUGCAUCUGAUAUUGAAGAUGAACGACGACCAUUACCAUCAACAAUAGUACAUCGUCCGAUAACAAAUUCGUAUAAUUACUCAUCACAAUAUACACCUACAACGAAUCCAUCUAUCGGACAAAUGAAUACAAAUUGGUUAUUACAACAAUCACAACAAUAUCAUGAUCAACAACAACAACAACAACAACAGGCAAUAAUACAUAGUAAUGGUACAACAUCACAAAAACAACAACAACAACAACGAUAUCCAGUAUCAUUUAACGGAUCGUCGCCCAGACAGAUGUGGAACGGCAAUCAACAACAAUAUGCACCACAAAUAUCAACUCGUUUAGAUUUUACAAAUCAAAUUCCACAAAGACUUCCACCAUCACAAUCAUCAUCACAAUAUUCUCAAACAAUGAAUAAUCAUACUAAUACUAAUAAUACUUAUUCUUCUAAUAGUACAGUGACCACAAAUAAUUUAUCAAAUGAUCGAUGGAUAAAUCUACCAUGGACAGAUCCAGCUAUAAUAUCAUUCGGUAAUAAACUUGAUACAACAUCAUCACAAUGGUCCACAACUACGCAAUCACAAGGAUCUUCCACAUUAUCAUCCUCAGGAAAUAAUCUCAUGCAAACUGCACGUUGGUCACAACAACAACCAUCGACACAAUCCCAAACACAUAUGAUUACAAAUGGAAUCUAUUCGCCAUAUUCAACAACAUCAGGUGUCGAUAAUGGAAAUCGUUCUUAA